GAAUUUGCCGAGUUAACGGAAACUCCCCCAACUGGGAUCAAGGUCGAGCUCACAAACGAGUCUGAUUUGUACAACUGGAAGGUUUAUAUGGAAGGGCCUGUGGACACUCCGUACCAAGGCGGCACGUUUAUCGUCAAUAUCGUACUUCCAAAAGAAUACCCAUUCAAGCCGCCGACCGUCUCCUUUGCCACGAAGAUAUACCAUCCUAACGUCUCCAACGAUGAGAAAGGGUCCAUGUGCCUUGGUAUGCUGAAAUCGGAUGAAUGGAAACCCUCGUCCCGGAUCGGGGCGGUCCUCGAAUUUGCGAGACAGCUCCUAGUGGAGCCGAUGCCAGAUGAUGCAGUUGAGGGGAGGAUCGCCGAGCAGUACCAAAAUGACAGGAAGAGGUUUGACGAGGUUGCCAGGGAUUGGACAAGGAGGUAUGCUCGGGAGGAAGGAAAGAAGUGA